CUUCAAACGAUACCAACGAUUGGAUCUGCUACAGUCUGUGCCUGCGACCAUCACAACACGACAGGUAUUAGUAUGACAAAGAUUUGUGCGGCACAAGCCCCUAUGGCUGAUGCUUCGUCCACAAAACCCAACCAACGAGUCGUGUGGAAUCGACCCAUGUCGGCAUUCAGCUUGAUCAUAGCGCUCAACAUCGUGUCAAUGCCAUUGCGGGCGUACCUGACAGAAGCGUUGCCGUGGACAGGGAAGCCCCAGCCGUUGGAGUGGAAUGGCACAACGUACGCAGCCAACAGCACAUGGAUGAUACUGCAGCGCAUGCAAUCGCUGUACAACAACGACACGUUGCCCGCACACGCCAUCAUUUUUAAAGACCCGACCAAUUACACCACCGUGAUGCGAUACACUACGCACGCCCUAGCACGUGGCACGCCCUGCGACGAGAAUGUCCACUUGCUCCCUGGUGCCAUCUUCUACGGUCACGGCAUGCGGAAGGCGUUUUGUCAGUUUGUCCAAGACAACUCGACGUCUGCGUCCAUGGCACAUUGUCAGCACAUGCGGCAAUUUGGAGUGACAAUCACGGAGCAAUGCGUGUGGAUACACGCUCAACCUGACGAGGCGUCUCGAGUUGUGUACCAAACGCUGUAUCAGUGGGAGGUGGCGUGGUUCCUCUGGGCCAAGCUCAUCCUUCGCUGUGUCUUGACAGGCUACGUUGUAUGGGAAAUGCGGCUGCAUUACUACGACCACUGCGUGGCGCUUGUGCGUGCCUUGGAGACGUAUGGGAUGCCCGACCCACUGUCGCCCCUCCACCACAUCGAAGUGUACAUUGGCGACCCCACAUGCCUCAUCCUUGGCAACCCCCUCGUGUCCUUGUGCUUUGUGAUCGAUUUUUGGAUGAGUGUCACCUCCGUGGGCGAGGUAAUGUUGCAAUUGAGUCAACUGGACGACCUUGGGUAUUUCCUCUCAGGGUGCAUCUACUCCUCGCGCACGGUGUGGUUUGCCUACUUUUCCAUGCGGUAUUCCACGAUUCCAAUCAAAUGGUGGGGCGUCCACGAUUGGGUCGUUCCUCUCGAUCCCACUGCUAUUGCUAUCGGCGCCUUCCUUCUCUCCGGACCGUUCGUGUACUUGAACGCUACCACGCCGCUAGUAUGGCUACUAUAUACAUUGUGGUCCAUCGGCGUCCCAGAGCCAGACAUGGAUGACUCCACCGAGAUCAUUCCAGCUGUCGUGGCUAUGACGACCAUAAUGGGUUUUGUUCCUGUCGUCCUGGUUGUGAGCAUCAAACUGUCCCAACAUCUCGUUGCAACACUGAUGCCGCCUGUCAGUCGUCGUCAGCAUAGCGCGACUGAAACGGCAGACCAAUCGCGACGAUACAGCUCCAUGGAGUUCAACGACUUUAACCAACGCAUGGUGCUAUCGAUUCUGCAGCCCAGCUGCAUCAAUUUAGUUCGAUCGAGGGGCGGGUCCGUUUAUGUUCUGUACGACCUCAGCGCGACGUUCCAGAACAUGCCACUGUUCAGACACCGAAGCGCCGACUGUUUUGUCGUUGGCUACGAUGCUACGAGCACCCCCAUCGAACACCUUCGGUUGAGUUUGCUGCAAUGUGUGGACUUGAGUCGAAACGGCCGCAGUUCCAUCUCUGUGUGCGGGAUGACCCACGAUGCGGCCGUGUGCAUCCUCAACACCAAACCCUGUUUGGCCACUUCGCCCAUCGCCACCCUGCGCAUUCACCCCGGCGCAAGCAGCUCCAAGUGGCUGUUGUAACGCUACGACCACAAUCAUUUAACGGUACCGUCGCAGGCCAUCAAUUUCGCAUAUAUAUGGCCAACUUGGUUUGACACCGCUGUUCAAGUCGUUCUUGACGGUGUAUUUCACAGCAACGACUUGAGGUUGUUGGUCAUACCGAAUGGGAUGAUGCCCAAUCCUGGUUGAAAGAUGUACAAUACAACCUACAUUAGUGUCGUCAAAAUAAUAACAAUAUUAUUGUGCUUUCGAGUG